AUGAACCUUGCCGCAGUCCUCCCCUCCCCCAAAGCCUCCCUCUCUGUCCAGUCUCUCCCCAUUCCCGCGCCAGCGCCAAAAGAACUCCUCAUCAAAGUCUCCACAAUAGGCCUCAAUGCCAUAGAAGCCAAGAUCGCAAAGCUAGCCGCCAUCCCCGUCGCUUAUCCUGCUAUCUUGGGCUCCUCUUACACUGGCACGGUUGAAGCGCUUGGUUCUGCAAUCACGAAUUACUGCAUCGGUGCACGCGUGUUGGUGAGCAAACGAUUUGGUACAACAGGAAAUCAAUAUAGUGCCUACCAGAGCUAUGUCCUUGUCGCAGCUGAGGAGAAGAUGGUUAUUCGGAUCCCUGAAGGAAGUGAUGAGGCGGUUCUAGCCAGUCUAGUUAUGAAUGCGAGUUGUGUUCCUGGACUGUUCUCUGGGCAGCUCGGGCUGCGGAGACCUGCUGAAGAGAUCCCAGCUGUAGGAACAGAAGAGAAAAAGAAGAUUUUGAUAUAUGGAGGCAGCUCGAGCUUUGGCCAGCUCUCUGUGCGAUAUCUUUGCCGCGCUGGGUAUGCGGUUACUACGACUGCUUCACCACGGCAUGUGAACCGUGUGUGUGAACUAGGCGUGGAUGAUGCAGUGGAUCAUACACUACCUUCUCAACAAGUUAUUCAGGAGCUGAAGGCGAGAGGGCCGUACGAAGUUGUUGUCGAUAUGAUAUCCACUCCACAAACCAUUCUCAUCACAAGCCAGGUUUUGAAAGCGCAGGGCGGUGGUAUACUUUACGCUACGCAGCCAUCUUUCGCGCCUGAGGACCUACCAGAUGGUGUACAAAGGGUGUUUAAAGCAUGGUCAGAACCGCUGUAUGAGCAAGAGAACGAGCGUCUACUUGAGUGGGUUAUCGAGGAGUAUCUCCCCUUUGGGAUACAGAAGGGAUGGAUUGUUGCACAGCCUGUUGACAGAGUGCAAGCUGGGCUGGCAGGUAUUGAUGGGGCGUUGGAAAACUUAUUAUCGAAUGCUGAAGGUAGUGGGAAGAGAUUCGUUGUGAAUGUGUAG